AUGACGAGCCCUUCGACGCCAUCCACUCUGAGGCCUCUUGCAACCAAGUCAAAGACACAUACGCAUACGCAACGCACGCUAGAGGUUGACACAAUGGACCUCGACAAUAUCCUUACCUUUUCCCAGACCGUGUCCUACCCAGAAGCAGCGUGGAAACAGACAGUUCCUAUGAAAGGGCUGCCUCUCCCUAUCCAGAAUAUGCAAGAUAAGGCCUCCGCUUCUCGUGGAAGACUGUUUUCAUCCCCUCUUGCUACGUAUUCGAGUGGCACAACUCUAGAUCAUUCGUCCAAAUCUGGAGAUCCGUUACCUGCGGUCCCUGUAGGCCAGGAAGUGCCAUCGUCGCCUCCAUUACCGCAUCAUGACUGUUCAGCCGGACCUACUCCAUUUCUACCAGAUUUUAACUAUACCCAAGCGCCUCAUAUGAACGCGACUGACACAUCAGAACAUGCUGCCCAGCCUGGAAAUGAUAGUUUGCAGGGAACCAGGCAAGAGGAAGCGCUGCUAAUUGAUUUAUAG